ACCUAUUAAUCGGGUAUUCGGAAUAUCAGAUUCGUCGACUCAUUUCUACGCUACAAAGCUUUGCGCAUGGCGCUUAUAUCAUUAUUAUAGCUUCUCCGUUUUCAAUCCUUGGCCAAACAAAACCCUAAAUUUUUCUCUUAAUUUCCCCCCAAAUUCACUCUUCUUUUCCCUUGUACGUCUCGUUGUCUUGGUUUUACUGUUUCCCGUUCAAUAUUCUUGUCUUAUGUAGUAUAUAUUUGAGCUUUCACUACUUCUAUUUGGGUAAAAAUCAUAGUUUCAUAUUAUAACGUGAAUCUACUGCUAAAUCGCGUUCUUUCGAUUCAUUGAACCUAUUAAUUCUGGAUGUUUGUUUAUCAUAUGAGACUUGGUAUCUCCAACUGACCCAUUAUCUCGAUCUAGAUAUUCGCAACUUUUUUUUAUCAAACUGGUGUAGUUUGCAAAUGGCAAAAGGUGGCAAAGGACGGCGUAGAACAGCAAGCCAGCAAACCCCAUUCUUGUUGCAUUGUCGUCGCCAAGGCAUCUCUGGAGAUUUACACCACAGAAAAUGUUCCAAAGCUUUGGAUAAUAGGGAUUGGGAAGAUGCAACAUGUUCUGUUUGCAUGGAGUGCCCUCACAAUGCUGUUCUUCUUCUCUGUUCAUCCCAUGACAAGGGCUGUCGUCCGUACAUGUGUGGAACUAGCUUCAGAUACUCGAACUGCCUUGACCAGUACAAGAAGUUCCACACUAAAAUAGUUCCAUUCAAUCAUGAAGAACCGUUGCAUUAUUCUAUUGAUAAUUCAGUUCUGGCCGCCGGUUCUAGUUGGCCUGUUGAGAAGUGUGAAGUAACAGAAAUAUCAUGUCCACUUUGCAGGGGUCAGGUAAAAGGAUGGACUGUGGUGGAACCUGCAAGGGAAUAUUUAAAUGCCAAAAAGAGAAGUUGUAUGCAGGAUGACUGCACCUUUGUUGGUACUUUUAAGGAAUUAAGGAAACACAUGAAAGCAGAUCAUCCAUGUGCUCAGCCACGUGAAGCGGAUCCUACCAUUGAACAGAAGUGGAGAAGGCUUGAAAGGGAGCGGGAGCAGGAGGAUGUGAUCAGCACAAUAAGGUCAACAAUGCCCGGGGCAAUGGUUUUUGGUGAUUAUGUAAUAGAAAGAAAUCAUCACGGUUUUGAGACGGAUGAAGAGGGUGGUCUCGACACAGCAGAUGCUAUAGAAAGGGGUGGAGAUUUUGAUCUGGGGUUAGAUAAUAAUGUUUUGAAUUUCUUUCUUUUUCUGCAUGCAUUUGGGCCAUCAGGGAAUGACCUUGGUAGACGAACAAGGCAGCCUACACAUGCAGCAGAUGAGAAUGCUGUUGGUGUUCACCUUACCUCUCCUGUUGGGGGUCAUCAAGAUGAUGACUAUUUUAAUGAUGGCGGGGGCAAUGUAUCUUUGGUUAGCCGGCUCCGUCGACAUGGCAGAGUUCUUUUAGGACGUUCAGGCAGGAGGAGGAGAAGAAGAGAAGACAUUGGCGGUCAAAUGUAGGAUAAAGCUGUACCUAUAAAGGAGGGGAAACAGGAAAGGCUACAUCCUACAUUUCACUAUAGUCUUAAGCAAAAAUUAGGUGAAGCCGGAAAAAGAGAAAUUUAGAAUUCAAAUUUCCAUCAAUUUAUUUCUCAUUCAUUUUGAGGGGUUGUAUCAGAGGUUGGCUGGGAAGAUGAGUAGCCUGUUUUCCUUUGUUGUUGUGUAAUCAUGUUGAUGUACUGGUAAUUCCUUUUCUUUAUUUCAACUUAUGUUAGUCCUCUAACCCUGUAUAUAUAUAGAAUUGUAGACUUGGUAAUUUGGGGGAUGCAGGGAAACAAUGCACGUAUUGCGAAACCUUAAACUGCUAAUGAACCUCAUUGUUGUGAUUGUUCCA